CUAGAGCAGAAGGCUCAGCAAAAGGCGCUGAGGCCAAGCAUACAAGCAGAAGGCUCAGCAAAAGGCGCUGGAGCCAAGCAGAAGGCGCUGCGCCGCGGCCUCGGAGAUCCUGCACCGGCUGGCUUCGCAGCUCCGGCUGGCGCCGGCUGGCGCCGAGCCCCCGACACAGGCAGGGGAGAGGAGCUCGAGGGGAGGAGCGAGGAGGGGAGAGAUGGAGGAGAGGAGAACGAGGAGGAGAGAAGGGAGUAUCACCUAUCAUUGCUGCGAUGGCUGCCCUGGAUCUUUCGGCUGCCUCCCUAUGCUAGGUGAGGCCGCAUGCGCCAGUCGGUUUUGCUGGCUGGCCACUGGGCGCCGGCGAACAGCGCCGGCCAGAGUCCAUCCCCUCGCCCUCC